AUGACCAGCUCGGGUGAUUGUGCCAUCCUGAUUCUACUUGACCUGAGCACGGAUUUUGAUACAGUGGAUUACGACAUUUUAAUAGACAGUCUCCACUACAGGGUUGGUGUUGAUGGCACUGCCUUGAGCUGGUUCACGGCCUACCUCAAAAAUAGAAGCUUCUCCAUCAACAUGGGCAACUUUUCUUCUGUGUCCCACAAGGUGUCGGUUACCUGCCCUGCCCUGCCCUGCCCUGCCAUGCCCUGCCUAGCCCUGCCCUGCCCUGCCCUACCCUACCCUGCUCUGCUCUGCUCUGCCCACCCUGUGUCUACCCUGUGUCUAUCCCAUGUCUACCUGAACGAUCUGACCAUAAUAUGGACCCAGCAGAGGUUUUGGGUAGUGAACUGUAUGACCUCGCAUAUACCCUCCUAUGUCUCCAUGAGCCAAAAGCCUGAGCUAAGGAGUGAGUUUCGAAAGUUCCUUGAAGAAUUUCUGAGCCUUCCGCUUAGCCCGCCUUGUCCGCAGCCAAGCUCCGGACUGCGAGAACUCUCGUUUGCUGAGCUCAUGCUGCGACAACACCCCAGUCCUGCUGCCGGUCCUUUCCAGACCCUCACUCCUAUUGCCGGACCUCCGCAGACCUUUGUUCCUGCUGCCGGACCUCCGCAGACCCCCAUACCUGUUGCCGGACUUCCGCAGACCCCCAAUUCCGCUGCCAGACCUCCGCAGACAUCCGCUCCAGCGUCUGCCAGACCGCUGCAGACCCCAGCUGUUCCCCAGCUGCCUCUCGAGACCCCUGUCCCUGUGCUCCCCUCGACUCUUGUGACCCCAGUCCCUGUGCCCCCCUCGCUUCUCGAGGACCCAGUCCCUGUGCCCCCCUCGCUUCUCGUGACUCCGGGCCAGCCUCCAGAGCAGCUUUGCCGGCCUCCAGGCCAUUUUCUCCGCCGGCCUCCUGAGCGACUUCGCCAGGCUCUGGCCUGGCCUCUCCGCCGUCCUCCAGAGCGACCUCGACUGCCUCCAGCGUGGCUCCGACCACCCCGUCUGCCUUCAGGGCAGUCCUGCCCGCUUCGCCGGCCUCCAGCCCAGUCUUGCUGGCCUCCCCCGACUUCCUGCACGGACUUCCCCUUCCAGUUUUGUUUUCUGGCCUCGUUUGCCCCUGCUCUGCUUGUUCGUGUCCUGCUCGUGUCUACCCUGAAUCUUGACGACAUUUUGAUCUUUUCAAAGACUCAUACAGAACACACUCACCAUGUCCAGUUGGUUCUACGCCGGUUGCUGGAGAACUCUCUCUUCGUGAAGGCAGAGAAGUGCGAGUUCCACGCCAAGUCUGUCUCAUUCCUGGGUUAUGUGGUGACCGAAGGCAGCGUUCAAAUGGAUCCUGCAAAGGUGUCUGCUGUGAUGUCGUGGCCGGUUCCAGAGACCCGUAAAAAACUGCAGCAGUUCCUGGGGUUCGCCAACUUUUAUAGGAGAUUCAUCCGGGGUUACAGCACAGUGGCAGCACCACUCACUGCGCUGACCAGCGUGAAACAGCCGUUUCAGUGGACAGCAGUCAAUGAUAAAGCCUUCAAGACCCUCAAAGCUCGUUUCACCUCAGGCCCUAUUCUCCAAAUGCCUGACGCUGGACGGCAGUUUGUGGUGGAGGUGGAUGCUUCGGAUGUAGGAGUUGGAGCGGUGCUUUCCCAACGAGCAGCAGAGGAUGGCAAGAUGCACCCCUGUGCCUUUUACUCCCGUAGACUGACUCCAGCAGAAUGCAACUACGACAUCGGCAACCGCGAGCUACUGGCUGUCAAGCUCGCCCUCGAGGAGUGGCGCCACUGGUUGGAGGGGUCUAAAGUUCCGUUUGUGGUCUGGACAGACCAUAAAAACCUGGAGUAUAUCCAGACAGCCAGGAGGCUGAACUCCCGCCAGCGUCGGUGG